AUGCGGCCGAGAGUAGCGUACUCAUUCCCUGAGGAGGUGCUGGAGCACGUGUUCUCCUUCAUCGAGUGCGAUAAGGACCGUGGCUCGAUCUCCCUUGUCUGUAAGUCCUGGUACGAGAUCGAGCGCUGGUGCCGCCGGAGAGUCUUCGUCGGAAACUGCUAUGCCGUCUCUCCGGAUACCGUCGUCAACCGCUUCCCCAAAGUUAGAUCCAUCACCAUCAAGGGCAAGCCGCACUUCGCGGACUUCAAUUUGGUCCCCGAGGGUUGGGGCGCUUACGUCGGCCCUUGGAUCAAGGCCAUGGCCGCUGCCUACCCCUGGCUCCAGGAGAUCAGGCUCAAGAGGAUGGUUGUCACCGACGAAUGCUUCGAACUUAUCGCCAAAUCGUUCAAGAACUUCGGAGUGCUGGUGCUCACCUCUUGCGAGGGUUUCACCACGGAUGGACUUGCUGCCAUUGCCGCCCAUUGCAGGAAUUUGAGGGAGUUGGAGUUGCGGGAGAGUGAAGUGGAUGACAUUUCUGGGCACUGGCUUAGCCAUUUCCCCGAUUCAUACACAUCAUUGGUUUCCCUUAACAUUUCUUGCUUAGGCAAUGAGGUGAAUUUGUCCGCCCUAGAGCGUCUGGUUAGUAGGUGUCCCAACCUGCAGACUCUCCGCCUGAACCGUGCUGUGCCCCUAGACAGGCUGGCCAACCUUCUUCGUGGAGCUCCUCAGUUGGUUGAGUUAGGCACUGGGGCCUACACGACUGACAUGCGGCCGGAGGUCUUCUCGAAUCUGACCGAAGCAUUUUCUGGGUGCAGGCAGUUGAGAAGCUUGUCUGGAUUUUGGGACGUGCUCCCCUCCUACCUUCCAGCUGUUUAUCCUAUCUGCUCCAACCUUACAACACUGAACAUGAGUUAUGCAACUAUUCAAAGCCCUGAUCUUAUCAAGCUUGUCAGUCAGUGUGAGAAUUUACAACGGUUAUGGGUGCUGGAUUACAUAGAAGAUGCUGGCCUUGAAGUGAUUGCUGCAUCGUGUAAGGAUCUUAGGGAGUUGAGGGUGUUUCCGUCUGACCCGUUUGGGUUGGUGGAACCAAAUGUAGCGUUGACAGAGCAGGGCCUUGUUUCUGUGUCUGAAGGCUGUCCCAAGCUCCAGUCAGUUCUAUAUUUUUGUCGUCAAAUGUCUAACGCUGCCUUGCAUACAAUUGCCAGGAACAGGCCUAAUAUGACUCGUUUUAGACUGUGUAUUAUUGAGCCUCAAGUUCCAGACUAUAUUACCCAUGAAUCUCUGGAUUCUGGUUUUGGAGCAAUUGUAAAGAAUUGCAAGGAUCUGCGGCGCCUUUCCCUUUCUGGGCUUCUUACUGACCGUGUUUUUGAGUAUAUUGGGACUUAUGGUAAGAAGCUUGAGAUGCUUUCUGUGGCUUUUGCUGGAGAUAGCGAUUUGGGACUCCAUCAUGUGCUGUCUGGGUGUGACAACCUUAGGAAGCUGGAGAUCAGGGACUGCCCCUUUGGUGACAAAGCCCUUUUAGCCAAUGCUGCAAAGCUGGAGACAAUGCGAUCCCUUUGGAUGUCCUCUUGCCUCGUAAGUUAUGAAGCAUGUAAACUGCUGGGUCAGAAAAUGCCGAUGCUUAAUGUUGAAGUCAUUGAUGAAAGAGGACCUCCAGAUUCAAGGCCGGCUAGUAGUCCUGUCGAGAAGUUAUACAUAUACAGGACUGUUUCAGGGCCAAGAUUGGACAUGCCAGGCUAUGUAUGGCGAAUGGAAGAUGAUUCUGCAUUAAGAAUUUCUUGA